CAGAAGGAUCCACAGCCAAAUGCAGCCACUCGAUUGUUAACAAGCAACAGGGCCUUGAAAAAACUCUACCAAAAACUCAAAAGUAAAUUAGUUUGAUAUUGUGGCUCUCACACCAUUUUAUGGGAUUGACUUUCCCUUUAAUGGGUCUGUUAUUUUUUUCUUUAUCUACAACCCUAAUCCUUUAGAAUGGGCUCUCGGACACUUUCUUUGGCUGUGGAGGAGCAGCUUCGUAGCCUCUGUCUGAAGGACUUUCCAUGUGGGCAUGGCUGUUGGAGCAAAUCCAGAGGGAGUAUCUUUGAGGAACAGAGUUGGGGCUACAGCGAGCAGGACGAGGGGAGAGAAGGUGCAGCCAAGGAGGAGGAGGAGGCCCUUAUGGAGCACUUGACCAGUCCAUUGUCCCCAUGGCAACAUGAGGGGUCAUGGAGCCCUCAAGCCCGAACCCUGAGAGAGCUGUCCGUGCGAACACCUGAACUUCUCCAUGACAACUUCAUAUUCAGCCACUUCAACACCCUACGUAUUGUAGACAAGGGUGUCUCCAUAGUCGAUGAUGGCGUGCUCAGGUUCUCCAAUCUAAGAGAGUUAGUGCUGAGUGCCAACAAAAUUUCUGAACUACAAGCAGAGUACCUGCCCUGCACUUUACAAGUUUUGGAGCUCUACGCCAACCAGGUUUCCAGCCUUAAAGGUCUUAGCAGCCAGCCUCUACCCUGCCUUCAGCAUCUGGGUCUGGGCUGCAACAGGCUGGGUUCCCCCGCAGACAUCCAGUACCUCACUGGAACUCUAUGGCCACAGCUGGUAUCUCUGGACCUGAGCUGGUCUGGCUUCCAAGGACAGCGGGCCCUGGUGGAUGCCCUGGUCACCCUGCCUUGCCUGAGGACCUUGGUGCUGGAGGGCAACCCCUUUACCUUCACCCCUUCCUACCCAGGCUUCAUCCUGGACAGCCUCCCGAGGCUGCUCUACCUGGACGCCACACGGGUUACACCGGAUGAUCACCAUCGCUUUGAAGGCCUGGCCAAGAUGAGAGACCGGAUAGUGGACCAGGCCAUGGCAACAGUGACAGUGCGAAGGAUCAGGGGUGUCCCGGACCCACUGCUGACUGUGGAUGAGAGUGCCCCUGAGUUCCCUGUGGUCAGCUACAGCUACUUUGUCAACUAUGAGUUCCUCAGCCAACCACCCCCUGGCAACAAGCAGGCUGGCAGUGACACUGCAUCCACAUCUGAUCCAAUGACACCCAUGGUGGAGAAGAUGGAUGGGGGCAUCGUUGGCAUCUAUCAGACACCAAAAGAGAACUGUGAGGAGGAAACAACCAACACUCCAAUGCCAGACACCACAGCCAGGACAAUGGAGAGUUUGGAAUCUAACCAUUGUUCCAUUGAUGUGAUAAUGAACAGCACACAUAAGCUGGCAUGGGCAGAGUCCAUGGACUAUGACCACACAAGUGUGCAUAGUGUUGGUGACCUGGGGUCCUUCAAGUCCUUUGUCCUUCGUGGGCUCUGGUUGACUGUGGAGGAGGAGAAGGUCCUCUCAUGGCCUGCCCCUUCAGGAGAACAGCCAAUAACCAAAUCUACAACAGAAAAGAAAGGGGGGAAAGAGUGUGCGCGAUCACCAAGCAACACUUGUUCCAACCAAAAAUCAAAAGACAAGAAGAAGAAGAAAGACUCAAUAAUGGACCUGGUCCAGGACACUCCCAUCAGAAGAACCCUGGGCUCGAUCCAUGUGCCACUACAGGACCUGGUGUCUGGUGAUCAGAGAGUUGAUGCCCUGUGCAACCUUGGGGUGCUGCUCACAGAACAAAGCACCAGGGCCAUGCCACCCCGAGACAAGGACCCAAGUAAGAAAGCCAAACAUGACAAGAAGAAGGAGGACAAGAAAACUAAGUCAAGUGCUGACAGUGCAGGGGGGCAGAAGAAUGUUGCACCACCCUCUAAAAGUAAGGGAAAAGGAUGGAAGGAAAGCCAGGCAGAUUUCCGCAUGGACGACAACUCUGCUCCCAGUCCAAACCAGUUCGAGUCAAUGACUGUGGAGUUCACUGUGCAUCUGGAUAAAUGGCAUUCAGCCUCAGAAGCUCAUCACCUGGCUCACCCAUAAUGAGCCAUCAGCCUAUCUAUUUAACCAUGAGGAUCCUCUUCAGAAACCUACGCCUCAGUAGAUGGACCAUUGUCAUUGGGACUGCGUUGGUGUCAUUGAUGGGUGUCAU